UUCUACGGGAUGGGGUCGCUAACCUUAUGUCCAACCCUCCUUUGUCUGGGCUUGAGAACGGCAGUAGCCUCAGAGGGGCUUCAGGCGGAGUUUGUUUUUGGGUACUCAGCUCAAAAGAUGGUCUAUGUGUAUCUUAUCACUUUGAAAACUUUUAGCCGGUUUUAAAUAUGUAAUGACUUCAUGUCAGUUUAUGAAUUGUUGGUAUUUUCAUUGUUCAGGUUUUUUUUUAACAGAAAAGUAAAUAUCUAUUCAUAUCAUGGAUGAAGUUUGUUCCACUCAACCUACUGACUUUAUAAAUAAUAAUGUAAUCAGUAAACCAAUCGAUAAGGUUCCUGUUUUAAGUGUUUAUGCAUCUGAAAAGAAAAUUAUGGAAUAUCCACUUGUGAAAAAGUAUGUAACUAUUGGGCGAGAUCCAAAAUGUGAUAUAUGCAUCAAAUCUUCAUUACUUUCAAGAGAACAUGCAAUAUUUGAAUUAGAUGAAAAUUAUAUUUGUACUAUAACAGAUCUUGGUUCAUUAAAUGGUACAAAACGUAAUGAUUUACAUUUAAAACCUAAAAUAAAUUAUGAAUUAAGAGAUGGUGAUUGUUUGUAUUUUGGUGGGAUUUAUUGCACUUUGAAUUUUUGUCUUUCUUCAUCUACAUCAUCGUUAUGUCUUCUUAAUCCACUUCAUGAAGAUUCAAAGUCACUUGAACUAUCUUUACAGAAAACUAAUCCGGAUACAUCUUGUCAGCUUCAUUAUUCCCAAAAAGAAAAUCAAUUAUCUGUUCAUGAUUGUUCAGUUUUUAGUGAACGUCUUUUAGCUGAAAUUGUUGUAAAUACUGGUGAAGUUUCACAAGAUUUAUUGCCAAAUCCCAAUCGCUUCAUUGAUAGUUAUUCACCUUCUUUAUCAAGCAGUACAGAUUCAGAUGUUAAAAAAACUGAACUCUUAAAAAAUGAAAAUGAUGAUAUUAAUCUGUUACAACAUGAAAUGCAUGAAAGUUCAUCAUCAGUUAAAAAUUGUAAACUUCAUAUGUAUACUGAAAAUGAUGUUCAUUUAGAAAGUGAAUCAUACCAAAAUUCAUCAACCACAGAAUCUGUCAGGAAAUCUAAAGGUUAUAUGAUUGAUGCUACUCCAUUGGAAUUGUUGACUAAAUCGAUUAAAAAUCAUCUUUCAUCUAGUGAUGUUGUUUCUGCUACUCCUAUGAUCCUAACAAACGAAACAGCUUCAACUCCUUUAACAUACAAUCGAGCAAACGUCCUACUUGCACGAGACUCUGAUCCAGGUUGUAUUGUUCAAUCAAUGGAUAAUCAUUUCGGAUUGACUAUUCGUUCGUCUACUUGUUUGUCUGCUGAAGAGUCAGUAUUUACUAUUGAGGAGAGUGAUCUAGUGACAAGCAAUGCAGCUAAAAGCAUAGAUGAAACCAGUGGACCUGAAAAAAAUGAACUAAUUCUGAACGGGUCAGCUGUUGAUUUAAAUAAUAAUAAUAAUAAUAAUAAUAAUAAUAAUAAUAAUAAUAAUAAUAAUGGGUUCACUUCAAAUUCCGAUCGUCAAUCUACAGUUCAACAUGUGAAUGAAUCAGUAAUAAGUAAUGAUUCCUUGCAAAUUGUAGUUGAUGAUAAUUACGGUUCAAGAAAAUCACGAAUAUUUAAUGGUAUUUGUCCAGAAAAAGAAGAAAAUAUACAGGUGAAAUCGACUAACUUGUUAACAUUACAGCCCUUAGAAAAUCUUCAAAUUUUUCAUUAUGGUAUACAAAAUCAAGAUGAUCAAUUUCUUAAUAACAGUAGUAUAUCUAAUAAAGAUCAAAAUAUUCACAAUGAUUCACCUUUUAAAACUAAUGAACAUAAUUCUUCAGAGAAGAAGGCUGAUAUUGUUUUAUCUCAAGAAUGGGGAUCGGAUAUAAUUCAUACUGAGAUUUCGUCUGAAAAAGUUCAAUAUAACAAUCUUAUUAAUAAUAAUAUUAGGAAGAAAAAUACUAAAUCCAGUUGUUUUACUUCAUCAAAACGUAAUAUACGGGGUACAGAUUAUACUAUCACAAAACAAAAACGGUGUAAUUCAAAGCCUAAAAAUCAGCCAAGUAUGGAGCAAUCUGUUGAAAGUCCUUUACACAUUGAACAACAACGAUUACCUGUCUCAGAACUGGCAAAAACUGAUAUACCCCAGUCAAUACCUUCAUCUAAGUGUGAUGUUACUAGUGAGCGAUCUCAAUUAACACCGGAUAAUGAUGAUUGUAAACUUCGUCGUUACAUUGAACAAUGUUCAUUAUUUCGUUCCACUAGAUCAAUCCGAAAUCGACCUUCUGAACGUGUUACCAAUUGUACUUUACCAGGUUCUUUAGGUACUGUAAAGUUUCGUAGUCGAAAAAAUAAACAAAAGUUCACAUCAGUUAUUUCAUCAAUUCAUUUAGAUAGUCCUAAUUCAGAUUCGGAACUACAAGAUUGGAAGUGUUCAUGGUCUCUUAUACAUCAUGAUAAUGAUAUCAAUUGUAAUACUAAAAAAGUUACUAAUCAAUCAAGUUAUAAUCGACCUCGUGCACCACAUAUUCCUAGUCCAUUACAUUUAUCAGGAAGUAUUUUAAGCGAAGAACCUUCUCAAUUAUUUGAUGAAAAAUUAGAACAAAUGAAAAAUGAAUCAAAUAUUUCUCCAUCGAAAACAAAUAAUUCAUCAAUCAAAACUAUCAACAAUAAUAUCCAUAAAAAUAAUUCAUGUAUUUUAGAAUCUGCUGUCAAAUUAGCUGGUUUUGAUGAAUCACCGGAGAAUGAUCCUUUAGUGAAGAAUAUAUUAAAUAAUGGCGAACGCCUAUCUAUACCAUCAUUUUCUGAUCUUACACCUAAUUCAUUUAAUGCUAAAAUUUGUAUCGAAGCAAAAAGCAAUAAUGAACAACAACAGUUUAGUCCAUUAUUUCCUACUUCUACUUUACCAAUAACAUCGUUGUCUGAUGAAUAUACAUCAUCACCUGUUUUAAUGAAACCUAAAAGAAACCUGAGAAAUUCAUGUACAACUAGAAAAAGAGCAUUCACAUCACUUACUACGAGUUCAGCUACCAAUAAUAGUGCUAAUAAUGAUAGUAAGGAUUGUCUAGUACACAAAAAUUCUAAUAAUAAUAAUAAUAAUAAGGUAGGUAGAACUAGGAAAACAUUAUCAUCUAUACCCAAAGAAAAUAAUCUAUCAUUGCCUACAGAUAAAACAAUUAAACAGAAUUCGAGGAAGUCAAAAUUUGAAGUGAAUAAUAACUCUCUUGAAAUGCCUAUUCGACGAUCUACACGACUUAUUGUACAGUCUGAUAAAAGUUGUAAUAAACCUCCCUUUGCUGUUGCUUCAACGUUGCAGCAUCAUAUACCACCUAUUGUGAGUAUUCCAGAAGAUAAGUGUAGUAGUAGAAGGACUAGGAGUAGCGCUUUAAUCAAUUUAAAACCAGAAAAUACCGCAAAAAAUCAACGAAAAAGACGGAUGACAACAUCUACAAAUGAAACGAAAGAAGAAAUUCUUAAAAUAUCAAAUACUGAUUUCAAUAAUACUUCUUCAACAUCUACUGGAUCAUCAAGAACCAACACUACUAAUUCCAUUCAAUUAGUAUUCAGUGGUGUUGAAUCUUCAAGUUAUUCAAACAUUCUAAAAAAACUGAAUGCAUUUGAAACAGAAGAUCCUACACUUGCUGACUAUUUAAUUACUGAUCAAAUUAAACGUACCUUAAAAGUAUUAUAUGCUAGAGCACGGGGUAUACCAAUUAUUUCAGUGGAAUGGUUAAAAGCAUGUAAACAAUCUCGUAAAGGUUCAAAUCCAGAUCCACUUAAUUUUAAAUUACAUUAUUAUAAUACACAGUCUAUGCAUACUACAGUUUCAAGUGAACAGUCUACACGAUGUCAUUCCUCAUUUGUGAUGAAAUUAUCUACAAAUGAACAAAUAAACCAAUUUGAAGAAACAAAUGAAUUCUUAUGUGGUUGGUCUUUUUGUUCAACUCCAAAUGUUUUACCAUCUUCUAUGGAUUUACAAAAACUUACAGAGUUUGCUGGUGGUUAUUGGAUGUCCGAUGAAGAUUUAUGUAAUGCUAUGAAGAAUUUGAAUGAUGUACCUAUUAAAUCAGUUAUUAUCACAACUAAAGAAGAAUAUCAUUCUAUGUUAUUGUUGAAUUCAAAAUCAUCUUGUAAAAAUUCCCGACUUUCAAGAAAUUCAAAAGAAUGCAAACAAACCACUCCAAUUUUACGCGCUUUAUCUUCAUUACUUACAGUAUCUACUGAUUGGUUCUUACAGACUAUUAUGAAUCGUAAACCUCCAAAUUGGCCUAUUGAUUCACAAUAUAAGAUACAAUGA